AAGGUCUACGGGGCAGACAAGAAGGCAGACAUUGCUGGGUUUGGCCAGGUCGACAUGGAAGGAGGUAAAGUAGAGUUUAGUGUGGACAGAGAUGGUCACUCCAACAUAGAGAGCUCCGAGUCCCCUAACGAGCAGAUCACCAUUACCAUGGAGACCCCACUGGUGAAGGUGUGGGGAGUCAGCAGAGACAGAGUCACGUACAAUGUCUACAUC